ACUGAGCCCUUAGUUAGACCUUCAGCCUUUAAGCCAGUUGUUCCUAAAAACUUCCAUUCCAUGCAAAACCUGUGUCCACCGCAGAACAACGGCGUCGCCACCGAGAACCGGAAGACUUUAAAUCACACGCACAGCAAUAGUCCUGCCCCGGUCAAAAGCAGCCUGGAGAAGGCCAGCCUUAACAGGACUACCAACCCAGGAGUCGGCCUCUCCGAUUCUGGCCGCAACUCUUUAACCAGCUUGCCCACCUACGGCACGGGCUACAGCCAGCACGUGGGCCCCAUGAGCGCCUCCACCAGUCACAUCAACCGUAUUGGGACCACCUACGGCGAGAAGAACGUUGUGGGAUACAACGGGAUAUCUACCUCAGACAGCGGCCGAUCUUCCACCAAGAGCACCUCUUCCUUCAGCCGACUCAACCAUCUCAACGAAACGAUGCCUUUCCACUCGCCUUCCACGGACGACGUCAUCCAAGACUUGGAAAACCGGCUGUGGGAGAAGGAACAGGAGGUCCUCCAGAUGAGGAGGAACCUGGACAAGAGCGAGGCGGCCAUCUACCAAGUCUUCGAGGAGAAGCAAAAGAUUUGGGAACGGGAGAUGGACGAGCUGAGGCAGAACUAUGCCAACAAGCUCCAGCAAGUCUCCAAGAAAACCCAGAGAGCUCAACAAGCGCUCCAGUUCCAGAUCUUCAAGCUCCAGCAGGAGAAGAAGAAGCUCCAAGACGACGUGGCUCAACUUCUUCAACAACGAGAAGAGCUGGAGAAGAAAUUUGUGGCUUUCAAAAAGGAACAGGCGGAGUUUCUUCCCAAGAUUGAAGAGACCAAAUGGGAGGUGUGCCAAAAGGCAGGUGAGAUCUCCCUGCUGAAGCAACAGCUGAAGGAUUCCCAGGCUGACGUUUCCCAAAAGCUGAACGAGAUUGUUGGGCUGCGUACCCAACUCAAGGAAGGCAAGAGCUUCCUCCGAGAGAAGGAAGAGCAGAUCUUGACGCUGAAAGACUCCUACGGCACCAAAAGCGUCAGCCUGGACUUCUGCGAGAACGAGCUGCAGCUCAAGAUGGCGGAGGUCCAGAUGCUGAGGGAGAAGCUCAGCCAGUGCGAGCUGGAAGUCUCCAACUUGAAGCAGACCUUGGCUCACCUGGGGGGACACCCGAACCACGUCCCGUCGGAGCUCCCCGAGAGGCUGGCGCGGGACCCCUUGGCCUGCGAGAGCGACGAGGCCAAGAUGAAACGGCAGAGUGAGGAGAGCCUUCAUGCCCUGAAGAGGGAGGUGGAGAGGCUCCAGGCGGAGCUGAACGCCGAGCGCCAGUCACGGCAGCAGCAGGUGCUGGACUUCGAGGAGGAACGUUGCACGUGGCAGGAGGAGAAGGAGAAAGUCAUCAAGUACCAGAAGCAACUGCAGUUGAACUAUGUGGAGAUGUAUCAGAAGAACCAACUCCUGGAGCACAAGGUGAACGACAUGGCCAACAAGGCCACCAGCCUCUCCCACGCCGAGGAGAAAAAAACGUGGACUCCAUCCAGACUGGAAAGGAUAGAGUCCACAGAAAUCUAAGGGAAAGAACCAGAAGGCAUUUUGGAGUACGAUUUUUUUUUUCCUUUCUAAUUACGGUGCCUGUAAUUCAGCUGGAGAUCUUCCCAAGUAGAAUAUGUGACGUAACCAGCAGCAUAAAUCUUUGCACUUGGCCCCUCAAAAUAUACUUUGG